AUGCCUGUCAUCCUCCUCACGGAGAAGAAAAAUCCUAAAGCAUUGGUUGAACAAUUCCAGAGCGUACUCAACCAUCCCUCCACCAUCUUCGAUGCCGCCAUAGCCUGCCUACCUCAGGUGGAAAUUAACGCUGACCUCGACCUCCCACCCACUCCUCAGGAAACUAUCUCGGCCCUGCAGCAACUCUCCAAUAAGAAAACCCCCGGAUCACACGCGACUCCUGCUGAGAUUUACGAAAACGGUGGCCGUUAA